AACCGGGCCUAAAGGGUAACUUUGUUAGUACGCAACAACUUACGUAAGAUACAUAGUUCUCCCCAGCAGUGGUACUUCCUGUUAUAGUAUUACGUAAUCACGAACACCGAUCAUCCAUCGGUCUAAUUUUAUUGACAGCCCUAUCGGUAGCGUGGCUACAUGCUACCAUAUCCAGCUGGUUCAAUCCCCUUGGAGGCAUCCCUACCUCAAUACUCUUAGACUCUCCCUCCCAAUGAUGUCACUCUCCUCCCGCACUGCUCUCACCCGAAUCCCUCGCAGGUCACCUGACGUGGGAUGACGGCUCCGAACCACUACCACCACCGACUUCUUCCUCUCCGAAGCAACGUCUCCACUCCCGCCCAAUUGCCCCCAAAGCUGCCAGAGUCGAUACCCCUGGCGCCACCCCUCCCAUUUCAGUACCACGACGGCCCAACACCCCUCCUCCCCGUCUCGUACACCUGCCCCAGCUCCGGACAUCUCAUCAUGACUGUCCCGAUUGUCAACGGCUCCGCCAGCGUCACCAUCCAUGCCGCCACCAAAACGCUCCUAGACGACACCAUCACCUUCUACUCCAACGUGCUAGGGCUUGCGCUCCACUCCGAGUCCAGCGAUGCCGUUUUCCUCUCCAACAAAGACCAGAAGAUCACCAUCAAGAUUGUGGUUGGCAGCGGCCUUUCGGCAGACGAAGUGGCCCACAAGAAGGCUGCGCUUGCCAAGCGCCUCAACAUCGACGACUGGCGGACUUCCGAGUCGUCUGUGGUGUUCCGCAGCACCAAUUUGAACCGGUUGAUUGCUACCUUCCAGCUCUCGCAGUUGCCUGUCCAGGUCAACCCCAACGAAUUGUACCCCAACGAAGUCUACACCAUCGAUCCCGUGGGCACAUUGAUCGGCUUCACCGCCUGUGCCAACCCAUUGACGUUGGUGCCGCCUGUGGAGAAGUAUAACCCCGUGGGUGCCGAAUCCACUGCGGUUUCUGCCUCUGUAUCCGAGCUCUCCCGUGGCGAUGAGGGCGUCAAGCCCAGAAGAAACAUCGCCGUCAUGACUUCGGGAGGUGAUGCUCCCGGCAUGAACGCAAACGUGCGUGCCGUGGUACGUGCUGCCAUCUUUCGUGGAUGUAAGGCUUACGCAGUCAUGGAAGGCUACGAAGGCUUGGUCCGCGGUGGUCCCGAGUACAUCAAGGAGAUGACCUGGCACGACGUCAAGGGCUACCUCUCGGAAGGCGGUACCAAGAUCGGAACUGCUCGUUGCAUGGCUUUCAAGGAGAGAAAAGGCAGAUUGCAAGGUUGCAAGCAUUUGAUCGAAGCAGGCAUCGACGCCUUGAUCGUGUGUGGUGGUGACGGCUCGUUGACGGGUGCAGACUUGUUCAGAUCCGAAUGGCCCUCGUUGAUCGACGAAUUGAGGAAAAACGGCGACAUUUCCGAAGAAAAGUACCAGAAACACAAGCAUUUGAACAUCUGCGGCACUGUGGGCCUGAUCGACAACGACAUGGCCACCACCGACGCCACCAUUGGUGCCUACUCGUCGUUGGACAGAAUUUGCAAGGCCAUCGACUACAUCGAUGCCACCGCCAAUUCCCACUCCAGAGCAUUCGUAGUGGAAGUCAUGGGCAGACACUGUGGCUGGUUGGCGUUGAUGGCAGGUAUUGCCACCAGUGCCGACUAUAUCUUGAUUCCCGAAAAGCCAUCGUCGUCGCAGGACUGGCAAGACCAGAUGUGCAAAAUCGUCUCCAAGCACAGAGCCAAGGGCAAGAGAAAGAGUAUCGUGAUCGUCGCGGAAGGUGCCAUCACCUCCGACUUGCAGCCUAUCUCUGCCAACAACGUCAAGGACGUGUUGGUGGACAGAUUGGGCUUGGACACCAGAGUUACCACCUUGGGCCACGUCCAAAGAGGUGGUAAUGCCGUGGCCUACGAUCGGUUCUUGGCCACCUUGCAAGGUGUGGAGGCUGUCAAGGCAGUCUUGGACUGUACUCCAGAUACCCCAUCUCCGUUGAUUGCUAUUGACGAGAACAAGUUGGUCAGAAAGCCAUUGGUCGAAGCUGUCAAGAUCACCAAGUCUGUGGCCACUGCCAUCGAAAACAAGGACUUCGACAAGGCAAUGAGCUUAAGAGACUCCGAGUUUUGCGAACAUUUAUCGAACUACAUGGCCAUGAACUCCGCCAACCACAACGAGCCCACCUUGCCUGUUGAAAAGAGAAAGAAAAUCGCCAUUAUCAACGUGGGAGCCCCUGCCGGUGGUAUGAACAGUGCUGUCUACUCAAUGGCCACAUACUGUAUGUCCAGAGGACACACUCCUUACGCCAUCCACAACGGUUUCUCCGGUUUGGCCAGACACGAGUCAGUCAGAUCCAUGGACUGGUUGGACAUUGAGGGCUGGAACUCCAUUGGUGGUUCGGAAAUCGGUACCAACAGACAAACCCCUGAGGAUACAGACCUUGGAAUGAUUGCCUACUACUUCGAAAAGUACCAAUUUGAUGGUUUGAUCAUCAUCGGUGGUUUCGAAGCCUUCCUUUCGUUGGAACAAUUGGAGAAGGCCAGACCAAUGUACCCAGCAUUCAGAAUCCCAAUUGUGUUGAUUCCUGCCACCAUCUCCAACAACGUUCCAGGUACCGAGUACUCGUUGGGUGCCGAUACCUGUUUGAACUCGUUGAUGGACUACUGUGACGUUGUGAAACAGUCUGCAUCUUCCACCAGAGACCGUGCCUUCGUGAUUGAAGUGCAAGGUGGUAACUCCGGUUACAUUGCCACCUGUACCUCCUUGAUCAGUGGGGCCCAGGCCUCUUAUGUUCCAGAGGAAGGCAUUUCCUUGGAUCAAUUGGAGUUGGAUAUCCGUUCCCUCAAGGAGUCCUUUGCUACAGAAAGGGGAUUGACCAAGUCCGGUAAAUUGAUCAUUAAGAGCACCAAUGCAUCCAAGGUUUUAUCCACACAGGUAUUGGCUGAUAUCAUCAAGUACGAAGCCGGAAACGAGUUUGACACCAAGACUGCUGUUCCUGGCCACGUCCAACAGGGUGGUUUGCCUUCUCCUAUCGACAGAACCAGAGCUGCAAGAUUCGCAGUGAAGGCUGUUCAGUUCGUUGAAGACAACUCCGACUUAUUGGCUGAUGUCAAAUAUUCCCCUGACUUCCCUAGUGAUGAUAAGAAGUUGAAAGCCACCGCGGUGGUUUUGGGUAUUAAGUCCUCGCACUUGAGAUUUAGCCCAAUCAGAAAGUUGUACGACUUUGAAACUGAGUUGGGUAGAAGAAUGCCUAAGAAGAUUCACUGGGCCACCAUCAGAGACGUUGCCGAUCAAUUGGUUGGCAGAACCAGAAUCGAAAGACCUGUUGUAUAGAUGUUAAUAAAAUACUUAUGAUGUAAAUCUAAGCCAGUAUAUGUGAAGCUGAUUGACUGAUCUAAACAAGUGCCCG